AUGGCGCGCGAACUUGGAGCCGUCGUCGUCAGCGUCUCCUACCGCAUCGGCCCUUUUCACCAGUUCCCCGCCGCCAUCCACGACGCAGAAGAUGUCCUGUCCGCCAUCCUGGACACGUCGGGCGUAUCAAAAGCCGCAAACGUCCUCAGGACCGAGAUACAGCGCUACUACUCUCUGCUACGCGCGGAUCUGCUUAAAAAGAACGGGACGGCCCCGGUUCGGCACGUCGAGCAAGUCACCACCAUCACCCUGGACCCUACCCGCCUCGCCAUCAGCGGCUUCUCGGCUGGGGGGAACAUCGCCCUGAACAUGGCCAUGUCGGUGCCCCCAUGUCCGGAGCUCACAAUUUCAAUGACACAAGCACCCAUCCCGGUCGACAGUUCAACGACACGGGGCCCCACGCCUGCCGAGACCAUGCCGUCCCUCUUGCCGCGAAAUCGAGCAGCCACCAUCCUCGACGAUCCUCACCAGCCAUGGCCUACCGUAUUGCCCCCGCCUCACGCCCAACCACGAAUGCUACCUCUGCUCCUGUUCUAUCCCUCGCUAGACGCCCGAUUACUACCCCACGAGCGCCCCAUGAAACCUCUGCCAAACGCGCUCAAGGGUGAUGAUAAAAGGCCCGAGAAGCCAAAAGCACCUGGUCUGUUCUCCAUCAUGGGCCCGACAUACCUCUCUAAGAAGCUGCGUCCCCAUCCCAGGGCCAGUCCCGGCUUGAACGACCCGGACUGUGUGCAGAAAAACGCCGCCAUCUUCCUCGUCCUUCCAGAAAGUGACUCUCUAGCGGUGCAAAGCGACGUCUGGGUCGAUAAGAUGAACAUCGGUGGUUGGCACGGCCCCGUCAGGUUCGGUGACCAAAGAGAGGCGGAUUGGGACGGUCACACGGGUGGCCAGCCAUAUCCCGUCAACGACCAGAACGGUGGUCUUGAGGUGUGGCAUGCUCCUCUGUGCCAACAUGGUUGGACGCAGUUCCCAGAUACCUUCGUCGGUAAGCACGAAAGAAAGGAAAGGCAACUGGUUUUCGCCCGGACGCUGGAAUUUGUCAAGGAGAAGUGGAACAAGGACUUGGCUCUACCUAAUGGGCAGCAGAGCAAGAACCCCAAAGAGCCAACACUGUUGCGUACACCCAGUCGGUUCGCUGGACUGACUGAGUGA